UGAGGCGGAAGCGCGGCUCUUUUGCUCCGCCCAUGGCUGGAAUCAUGGCGGCGGGGCCUUCGGAGGUCCCGGCUUCCAUAGCAACGUUCCCCGGCGUGACGGAACGGUAUUUCACCCGCUGGUACAAGCCAGAUGUAAAAGGUAAUCAUUGUGAAGAUCAUUGCAUAUUGCAACAUUCUAAUAGAAUCUGUGUCAUCACUAUAGCGGAUGCCCAUCCUCUUCUUCAAAAAGGAAAACCAAUUAAGAGUAUUAGUUAUCAGAUUAGUGCAAACUGCAGCAGGUUGCAAAAUAAAGUUUCUGGAAAGUCUAAACGGGGUGCUCAGUUUCUAACAGAACUUGCUCCUCUAUGUCGAAUUCUCUGCUCAGAUGGAGAAGAGUACACCAUCUAUAGCUGUAUAAGAGGAAAAUUAAUAGAAGUGAAUGAAAACAUUCUGGAUAAUCCAUCUCUUCUACAAGAAAAGCCUUCCACAGAGGGUUACAUUGCAGUUGUGUUACCAAAAUUUGAAGAAAGCAAAAAAGUAACUCAGGGGCUUCUGACAAGGGAAGAAUACGAAGAAUGUUUGUCAAAACGUUUUAAUUCCACAUCAUUAUACAAUACAAAGAAUGAGAACUUAGCAGAAAUAUGAAAUACAUCAGAUAUUUUCCAGUAUAUCCCAUAAUAAAGUGACUUUAUGGAUUUUCAUACUUAAAAGUGGAGUGAGAAUUGGAUGUUGGAACAAUUAUGUUCUUAGCAAACAAAGUCAGUGUUUAAGACCUUCAGAAGUUCUAAUCUGUAACUUUACUAUUGGAUUUAAGGACACAGUGCCAAACUAUUGUACUGUUCUUCAUGUCAAUAAAAGCCUUUGUUUACUUAUA